AUGGCGUCUGUUUCUGUGUUCAGAGGCUUUGUCCAUGGCCGUCGCGUUCCUCUUUUCCCACACCAGUCCCAGUUACCUGUUACAAGCAUAUUGAUUGGCUCAAAGAAGCUUGAGUAUCGAUCUAAUGGGUUGAGACUCUAUGCAAGAUAUUCAGAGUCACAAUCAGCACGAACACAAGAUCUUUUUACUUCUCGACUUCAAGAAAGUAUGGAGAAGUUGCCAAAACUUGUGGAGGAUAUUGUCCAGACAUCUAUCAAUACAGGUCCUCGUGGAGCUGUAAGACUAGCACAAGGUAUUCAAGCAGUCUUAGGUGUUGGCAGCGAGUGGGUAGCAGAAUUAUCACAGUCAAGAAAUUCACCUAGCGGAAUACCAUCACAACUUCAACUUGGAUUGCUAUCACCUCUUUACCUUCGCAAAUUGUUUGAACGCUUAGGGGCUACCUAUAUCAAAUUAGGUCAGUUCAUAGCAUCAGCUCCCACAUUGUUUCCGGAAGAAUACGUGCAAGAAUUCCAGUAUUGUUUUGAUAGAGCUCCAGUUGUUCCUUUUGAAGAGAUUAAGAGCAUUCUACGUGAAGAACUAGCAGGGCCUAUAGACAGUAUCUAUGACUACAUUGAUCCUACACCACUUGCCUCAGCCUCAAUUGCACAGGUACAUGCAGCAAGGCUUAAAGGGUCACAAGCAGAUGUAGUAAUAAAAGUGUUGAAACCCGGAAUUGAAGAUGUAUUAGUUGCAGACCUCAACUUCAUUUAUGUUGUUGCUCGCAUUGUAGAGUUCUUGAAUCCUGAUUUCAGCCGUGCAUCACUGGUUGCUAUUGUGAAUGACAUAAGAGCAUCGAUGCUUGAAGAAGUUGACUUCAAGAAAGAAGCAGCAAAUAUAGAGUCCUUCAGAAGUUACCUAGAAUCAAUGGGGCUUACCAGGCAGGCUACAGCUCCUAGAGUGUAUCCAGAAUGCAGUACAAAACGAGUUCUAACAAUGGAGAGACUUUAUGGGGUCCCACUUACUGAUUUGGACUCCAUAAGCUCUCUUGUUUCAAGUCCUGAAACCAGUCUUAUAACUGCCCUUAACGUAUGGUUUGGUAGUUUGUUGGGAUGUGAAAGUUUCCAUGCAGAUGUUCAUGCUGGUAACUUGUGGUUAUUACGUGAUGGUCGUAUUGGGUUUCUUGAUUUUGGAAUUGUGGGACGAAUAUCACCAAAAACAUGGGGUGCAAUGGAAGUGUUUUUGGGUUCAAUUGCAACUGAAGAAUAUGAAUCAAUGGCAUCUGCCUUGAUUGAAAUGGGUGCUACAAACACGGAUGUGGACUCUAGGGCAUUUGCUAGAGAUUUGGAGAAGAUAUUUUCUUCCAUACAGGAUUUGGAUACAGAAAUUGUAGUUGCAACAGCAACCCGAACAAACACAAAUGCAACUGCUAUAUCGGCCAAUUUAGUUGUUGAUGAGAGGCAGAUGAAUGCGCUGUUUCUUGAUGUGGUACGGGUUAGUGAGUCAUACGGGUUAAGAUUCCCUCGGGAGUUUGCACUUUUAAUGAAACAGCUUCUGUAUUUUGAUCGCUACACUCGGUUACUAGCUCCCAACAUGAACAUGCUUCAGGAUCAAAGGAUAUCAAUUGCCUCAAAUCAAAGAACAACCAAUCGCAACAUCUACUAAAUGUUAAUGCUACUUGUUCCUUCUACAUUCGUAUAUAUAGCAAUAGUACUCAGUUACAUACAUACAUAUACAUUGAGCAGCAUUAAGUAAUGAAAUAUAAAUGUAACCUUACCUUGGUUAAAUCUAGAUCCUGAACCGAUAUAGCAAACCUCAGUGUGUAUCAACUUAUAAAAUUUUGUG